AAGCAGCUGAAAUCAUCACAAACAUCAACUCUCUGACCCAAGCUCCUUGAAAUAAUCAUAUAUGCUCCAUGAAGCUGAUAGUAACUUCCUGUCUCUGAACAACAUCUUCCGUGUGGCGAUCAAGUCCUGUUUUAGCUGCAACAGUCACAUUUCCAAUCUUGACACACCGACGCCGUCCUCGCAGUCGAUCGAGGUUUGAAGCUGCAAUUGGAAUUACUGGUGAUGAAAUAUUGCCGGGCCUAUCAGUCACUCCUGCAUAGCUCGAUACCAGCUCAUUUCUGAACGUGCUCAGUAUCGCCUGUCAAAGUCUGUCCAGCAUUUCCAGGCUUGUGUUAGUUUCCCGAGCAUAGGCAGCCUACACCACCACAUUCAAGAUGGCAGGCAAAUAUUCGUCUGAUCCUGAGUGGGCCUCGAUCCAACCGAUUCCCCUUAAUGAUGGCUCCGAGUCUGGUGCUCAGCCUCUGGCUACAAUUGCCUAUCCUCCAGCAUAUCUCGAAGCCACCUCAUAUUUGCGCGCGGUAAUGGCCGCCAACGAGAUGUCCGAAAGGGCACUAAGAUUGACACAAGACAUUAUCUCCAUGAAUCCGGCUCACUAUACAGUAUGGAUUUAUCGAGCAGAGAUUCUUUUUGCUCUGGGAAAAGAUCUACAAGAGGAAUUGGAGUGGCUGAAUGGGGUAUCGCUCAAGUAUCUGAAGAAUUAUCAAAUUUGGCACCAUCGUCAAGUCCUGGUGUCUCGCGAGGACUUCUUCCCAACACCUCCGCACAAGGAAGCCGACUUUUUGAUGGAAAUGUUUGCUCAAGACUCCAAGAACUAUCAUGUCUGGACCUACCGCCAUUGGCUGGUGCGACAUUUCAAGCUGUGGGAUGCUCCGCGUGAGAUGCAGGAUGUGGAAGCCCUGUUGACCUCGGAUGUUCGAAACAAUUCGGCCUGGAAUCAUCGGUUCAUGCUCCGCUUCGGACCUCGUGACGGUGAGCCCGAUGCCGGAAUGCCAAACAGUGAUGGAAUCCCCUCGGAAAAGGGUCGACUGGCAGUGGUUGAUGAGGACAUGGUCGACGCCGAGUUGAGAUUUGCCCAGUCUAAGAUUGUGCGGGCACCAGAGAAUCGCAGUCCAUGGUCUUACGCGAGGGGUGUACUGCGCGCUGCAGGAAGGCCACUCUCUGAAUGGAAGGAGUUUGCCAGCAAAUUUGUAAUCAAGAAGCAUGAGGAUUUCGAGGUGAAAAGCAGUCAUGCCAUAGAAUGGCUUGCUGAUGUGCUCGCCGAGGAAACGGAACCAGCGUCAGGCGAAGAGGCGGUCCAGAUGCUCACGCUAUUGAAGGAGAAGUAUGAUCCCAUCCGGAGAAAUUACUGGGACUAUCGGAUUCGAGCCAUUGCAGGAGCAGAUGCCACGGUCUCUGCGUGAUUCUGUAAAAUCUGCUUCAUGUUACAGCGUUCACAAAUGUAUGUAUAGUCUUCGAUAACAGAAAUUGCUUGGCAGCAAGGAAGCCCGAUAAGAAGAUUUCAAUCCUUAUCGGAGGCGGUGAGCAGAGACAGAAUCAUCGCUGCCUCCAGGCCCCUCCCUCCACUUUCUGCAACUUUUCC